UGCAGCAGACCGAGGCGCUGCGCGGCGUGGAGAUGGACAACGACGACGACCUCUUCCGGCCCUGGGAGGAGCCCGAGGAGCGCGCCAGCGAGGACCACAGCGCGGCCCAAGUCCCAGAAGCGUCCGUCCAAUCAGUCAAAGAAGCCCGCAAGAGCACGGAAAGCGAAGCUAUCGUACUAGAGUUAGACUCGGCGGAGCAGGUGCGCGGGCAGCCGUAUGUCCUGGCCGGCUCCAACGUGCACCGCUUCGUGCCCGUGCCCGCCUACAGCGUGCCACAGACGCUCGCCUUCAGCUUCCUGCAGAUGGGCUGGAUACAGCACCUCGCCAAGGUGACGCACCUCUAUAGACUAGCGGGCUGGCACGUGCUGGCCGGCUCCAACGUGCACCGCUUCGUGCCCGUGCCCGCCUACAGCGUGCCACAGACGCUCGCCUUCAGCUUCCUGCAGAUGGGCUGGAUACAGCACCUCGCCAAGGUGACGCACCUCUAUAGACUAGCGGGCUGGCACGUGCUGGCCGGCUCCAACGUGCACCGCUUCGUGCCCGUGCCCGCCUACAGCGUGCCACAGACGCUCGCCUUCAGCUUCCUGCAGAUGGGCUGGAUACAGCACCUCGCCAAGGUGACGCACCUCUAUAGGCCAGCGGGCUGGCACGUGCUGGCCGGCUCCAACGUGCACCGCUUCGUGCCCGUGCCCGCCUACAGCGUGCCACAGACGCUCGCCUUCAGCUUCCUGCAGAUGGGCUGGAUACAGCACCUCGCCAAGGUGACGCACCUCUAUAGGCCAGCGGGCUGGCACGUGCUGGCCGGCUCCAACGUGCACCGCUUCGUGCCCGUGCCCGCCUACAGCGUGCCGCAGGCGCUCGCCUUCAGCUUCCUGCAGAUGGGCUGGAUACAGCACCUCGCCAAGGUGACGCACCUCUAUAGGCCAGCGGGCUGGCACGUGCUGGCCGGCUCCAACGUGCACCGCUUCGUGCCCGUGCCCGCCUACAGCGUGCCGCAGGCGCUCGCCUUCAGCUUCCUGCAGAUGGGCUGGAUACAGCACCUCGCCAAGGUGACGCACCUCUAUAGGCCAGCGGGCUGGCACGUGCUGGCCGGCUCCAACGUGCACCGCUUCGUGCCCGUGCCCGUGCCCGCCUACAGCGUGCCACAGACGCUCGCCUUCAGCUUCCUGCAGAUGGGCUGGAUACAGCACCUCGCCAAGCUGAACGUCCAGAACAUGCGGCUGUGGUUCAACAAGCAGUUCGACGACCUCAUGAACCUCAAGAAGCGGGAGGUGGGCCUUGUGGAGGAAAGGAACGCGCGUCUGCGGUUCAUUAUUGAUGAGCUAAACAAGCUGUCGGACCUCCGCGGCAGUUUCCACCACCUGAUCAUCGAGAUCAAGGACCCGCAGUGGCGACAGGAGGAGCAGCCGUCGAAACUGAUCAAAGUCGAACCGGAAGAAUGCAGCAUCGAACCCUACAUCAGCCCGAGCCAGAUCGUGAUCAUCCCGCCGGACCCGGGGCCCAAGGACGACUUCCGCGAGCGCGCGCUCAUGGACAUGAUGGACGGCGUGCUGGAGAAGCUCUGGCACGAGGAGAUCAAGAAGCCCAUCCCCAUGCCGCAGUGCAUGCUGGACAAAGACCCGGAGCACUUCAACGAGGACGACCUGCGGCUGGUGUUCGACUACGAGGCCAAGGUGCGCUUCCGCAACGACGAGCGCGACAAGUACCGCAAGAUGCUGCACGCCGAGUACGCCAAGCUGGCCCAGGUCCUCAACGAGGGCGUCGUCAAGUUCAACCAGCGGGUGAAGGAGAUGUGGCUGACGAAGCUGCAGGUGGACUCGGUGAUCGGGCAGGAGAACCUCAGCCUCAUGCGCCUGCGCCGCGCCAACCUCGACCGCGUCGAGGCCGCCGAGCGCCUCGAGGACAUGCGGAAGCGGCCCAAGUGGCACCAGCGCGCCACCACGACAGCGGCCGCGCUGCACGAGCUGGCGGGCAGUAUUCUGGCGUCGCAUCGGCCCGUGCACAUGCACCCUGACUGCGUGGAGUAUUACAAGGGCGUGGAGCAGCUGGACCUGGUCAGCAACAUGCCGCCGGUGAUGGACGAGGCGCUGUGGGCCACCAUGUGCAAGCUGCGCCGCGCCAAGAUCGAGAACGAGAUACGGAUGCGCGCGCUAGUGCAAGAGACAGCGUUCGUGGAGAGCGCGCAGACGGGCUGGCAGAAGGCCGUCCAGGCGCGCCGCAGCCACCUGGCCAGCACCGCCGACCUCAUCGUGCAGCACCGCGAGACCCAGGAGCUGCUCGCCAGGAACAAGACCAUUCAGUUGGUGCUGCCGGCGGGGCAGGUGGAGAUCAUGACCACGGGCCACAUGGAGGACUUCGAGGACGCCACCCUCAUACUCAAAGAGGACAUCGAGAAAAUCAACAACGUCAUUCUGAAAGUGGGCGAAAUGAAGCUACGUAUGAUGCGCAAGCAGAUGGACUUCCGCAAAGGCAUACUAUCUACGGAGUGGCAGCACGCGCAGGCCAAGAUGAAGCUGCGCCACAUGACUCAGGAGCUCUACUCCUACCAGCGGCUCAAGAUCCCGAAAGAGCUUCAGCUGUACUUGAAGAACAAGGAGUUGGGUUACACAGAGGAGCAGGACUACGUGCGCAUGGAGAAAGAAAUGGAGGCGUCCAAGAUGUCCGUCAACAAGCUGCUGGCUGAACAGGUCCGCCGCGUCGAGGAGCUCGAGGUGAAAGUGAACAAAGUGACGGCGCAGGCAAACGCUCUGGAGAAGCUGGUGGUGGCGCUCAACGUCAAGGUGUCGGAGAAACGUCUGCACGAGGACCCGCUCGAGCCCAUCCGUGUGCGACGCAUCUUCAAGCGCAGGAUGGAGACGCUGGUGAUGCGUAGCCAGCUGAUCCGCGAGGUGCAGGCCAACCACACCAGCGUGGUGCUGCUGCAGACCGAGCUCGAGCUGCUGCGCCUCAAGACCUACCCCACGCUCGCCAGCUUCCGCACCUUCAGCUAG